UAAUCAACUAGUGGACGCAUAUAUUACAAGUUAUUGCAUAAUGUUUUGAUGAGUCUUUGACACUUAUAAAUAGAGUAUUUCUUUUUCAAUCAACUGUUGUUCACAAACAGUUUUGAAUGGCGACCUCUAAGGACAAGCAGGUUCCUCGAGUUCAUCAUUUUGAGCUCGUGGAAGGCAUAAAGCUUCAGAUAAAUGUGUCUGGAUCUUCAACUAUGCGCAAUGUAAGAGUUGAAUUUCAACUUAAGAAUUGUACGCGGACUUGGAUUCUUCACUGGGGUUUUCUUUACCAUGGAAACACGAGCUGGUAUCCUGCCGAACAUCCUAAGCAAGGUGCAUUGCAAACACCAUUUAUUAAGAGUGGAGAAGCAUAUGUAGUCGCUAUUGAGUUGCGGGAUCCCAAGAUACACGCCAUUGUUGUUUUGAAGGAUGGCAGUCAUGACAGAUGGUUAAGAUUAAACCAUGGGAAUUUUCACAUCAAGAUACCUGGAUUGAUGCAAAUACUUCUCAUACCCAUACCAAAGGAUUUAAUAGAGCGCAAAGCACUUCAAAUCUGGGAAAAAGGGAGGCACACAAGCUCGCCACAACAACAACAGCAAGAUUUUAAUGAUGCUUUGAGAGAGCUUCAAUGUCAACUGUUGAAGGGAAUUUCCUUUAAUGAGUUGCAAAGUAGUUGUAUGACUACAUGUACAAAGACAGUGUCCGAUAGUAGAGAGCAAUUCAGAUAUGAAGUACCACCCUCUUCUUGCAGGAGACUGGAUGUUGAAAAGUGGUUGCAAAAGCAUUCUGACGGACAUGCCAAAAGCUCCACUAUUCCAUCAUCAACUUUUGCGGAUCUUGUGGAGAAAUCUGUUGGAGGAGAUAAUGUGAUCUCACAAGAAAAUUAUCUAUGUGGCAACUAUGAAAUAGUGGUCCUGUCAAAAAUUGUUCGCAGUGACUAUCACAUUUUGGUUACCGUGAACAUGAAGGGUGUUACAGUUCUUCACUGGGGUUUAUCAAAGUUGUCUCGAGAGGAAUGGUUGGCCCCUCCAUCUGAAAUAUUACCUGAAAAAUCAAAAAUGGUUGCUGGAGCAUGUCAGACAUAUUUUACAGACAUAUAUACUGGAAAAGGAUCCUUUCAGGUUGUAGAUAUUGAUUUGCAGAAGAAGAAAUUUGCUGGUAUUCAGUUUGUGAUUUGGUCUGGUGGUUCUUGGAUAAAAAACAAAGGGGCAAACUUCUUUGCAGUCUUGCACCCAAUGGAUCCAAAUGGAAAGGUUGAUGGGAAAGGGAAAGGAAUUGUAAAAUGGUUACUUGAUGAAAUAUCUAAAAGAGAAAAAGAGGCUGAGAGAUCAUUAAUGCACAGGUACAAUAUUGUGACAGAGUUGACAGAACAUUGUAAAGGUGAGGGUGAACUGGGGCUCAUCGGUAUAUUGGUUUGGUUGAGGUUCAUGGCAUGCAGGCAUCUCACUUGGAACAAGAAUUACAAUGUGAAACCUCGUGAAAUUAGUGAAGCUCAAGAUAGGUUCACCAAUUUACUGCAAAAAAUAUAUUUGAGCCGGCCAAAUGAUCGAGAAAUUGUGAGACUAAUGAUGGCAUUUGUUGGUCGUGGAGGUCAAGGCGAUGUUGGGCAGAGAAUUCGUGAUGAAAUACUUGUCAUUCAGAGAAAUAAUAACUGCAAGACUGGCAUGAUGGAGGAGUGGCACCAAAAGUUGCACAAUAAUACUAGCCCUGAUGAUGUGAUAAUUUGCGAGGCCCUCUUAGAUUAUGCGAGAUGUGGUUUCAAAAUAGAUGCUUAUUGGAGAACAUUAAAUACUCAUGGUCUCACAAAACAAAAGCUUGCAAGUUAUGACCGUCCUAUUGUGUCAGAGCCUCGAUUCACAACUGAUGCUAAAGAGGGUCUCAUCCGUGACCUGACAAUGUACUUGAAGACGCUAAAGGCUGUUCAUUCAGGUGCUGAUCUUGAAUCUGCUAUUGAAACUUGUUUGAGUUCCUCCUUCAAGGGUCAUGUUUCAGUCGGAAUUGGUAAUUUUGGUGGUUUAUCUCUAAAGUUACAGGAGUGCUUGAAGUUUAUCAAAGAGCAUAUUCAUGAUGAGAAUAUUGGUCGACUGAUGGAGAAAUUACUGGAAUCUCGCAUUGAGCUUCGCCCUGUUUUGUGCACGGCUCAUGGAAGAGCAAGAGACUUACUCUUCCUCGACCUUUCUCUGACUUCAACUAUUAGAACAACAAUGGAAAGGGGGCUCAGACAUCUCAACUUCACUCAUCCACCAGAAAUCAUGUUCUUCAUUUCCUUGUUGCUUGAAAAUGUAUGCCUGUCAAUGGUCAAUAAUGAAGAUCUCAUUUACUGCAUGAAGGAUUGGCACCGAGUCUGUGAAUCAUAUAAAACCAAUGAUGUUCAGUGGGCAUUACAAGCAAAGGCUAUUCUUGACCGAUUGCAGCUAGUACUUGCUGAGAGGUCUCAGAAUUACCAGAAAAAGAUCCAACCUAGUGUCAAAUAUCUUGGUAAUUUGCUUGGUGUUGAGAAAUCUGCGAUUGACAGUUUCACUGAGGAGUUGGUCAGGGCAGGACCAGCAGCUGUUCUAUCUACGCUCAUUAACCAUUUUGAACCUGUUCUUCGGAAAGUUGCAAAUUUGGGCUGUUGGCAGGUCAUCAGCCCUGUGGAAGUGUGUGGUUUUAUAACUUGUGUCAACGAGUUAAUUACUGCUCAGAACAGAGUUUACAGAAAGCCUACUGUUAUUAUUGCACAUAGAGUAACUGGAGAAGAGGAGAUUCCAGAAGGUGCUGUUGCAGUGCUAACACCUGAUAUGCCAGAUGUUCUAUCUCACGUCUCCAUCAGAGCAAGAAAUAAUAAGGUAUGCUUUGCAACAUGCUUUGAUCAGAAUAUUCUGAGAAACCUCAAGUUGAAGGAAGGUAAAGCUGUAUCUAUACAACAAAAGUCCACAAAUUUGAUCAUUCGUGACAUGAGUAGCUCUGACCUAUCUCUUAAUUCUUUUAUGACGCCAUCCAUUCCUCAAGGAGUCAACUUUAAAAGGAAAAUUUUCUGUGGCAAAUAUGCCAUUUCAGUUGAUGAUUUCACCGAUGAGAUGAUUGGUGCAAAAUCUUGCAAUAUCAAAUUUUUAAGAGGAAGGGUCCCAUCAUGGAUUAAGAUUCCUAUGUCAGUUGCCAUACCAUUUGGAGCAUUUGAGAAUGUUAUAUUGGAAGAUGUCAAUAAGGACAUUGCAAACAAGAUUUCCCUUUUCUACAAAUUUGUAAACGGUGGUGACCUUUCAAAACUCCAAGCAAUACAAGAAGCUGUUCUACGAAUGAGUGCUCCACCAUCCUUGAUCCAUGAGCUUAGGAGCAAAAUGAGAAGUGCUGGUAUGCCCUGGCCUGGUGAUCAAGGUGAAGAGAGGUGGAAUCUUGCUUGGCAAGCGAUAAAAAAGGUUUGGGCUUCAAAGUGGAAUGAAAGAGCAUUUAUUAGUUGCAGGAAAGCUAAUUUACAUCAUAACAACCUUUGCAUGGCUGUACUGAUUCAAGAAAUUAUCUGUGGGGAUUAUGCUUUUGUUAUUCACACAAAGAAUCCCUUAUCAGGGGAUAACUCGGAGAUAUAUACAGAGAUUGUGAAAGGCUUGGGAGAGACUUUGGUGGGUGCCUAUCCUGGUCGAGCUAUGAGCUUCAUUACCAAAAAGAACAAUCUAAAAUCUCCUUUUGUUACUGGUUAUCCAAGCAAGCUUAUCGGGUUAUACAGCAGGCCAUCAAUUAUAUUCAGAUCAGACUCAAAUGGUGAGGAUCUUGAAAAAUAUGCAGGCGCUGGGCUUUAUGACAGUGUAGCAAUGGAUGAACAGGAGAGAGUGGUGUUGGACUACGCCCGUGACCGACUGAUAGUUGAUAAAGCUUUCCAACUCUUACUCUUUUCAAGAAUUGCCGAGGCAGGGAAAAUCAUAGAAAACCUUUAUAGUUGUGCCCAGGACAUUGAAGGAGUGGUAAAAGAUGGAGUAAUAUAUGUAGUCCAGGCAAGGCCACAAAUCUAGAAUAAGCAAGGACAUGGUGUCCAUUUCGGAACACCUCGGUUCAUUGGUACUAGGAAGUUGAAGGGUAAGCUUGUGCAGGCAAAACUUUGUGCUAACUGGGCGAGGCUUGGAGCUCAAACUAGAGG